CCUGUGACGGAGCUACGUCACUUCCUCUCACGCUCGGCGUCUGGAUGGUGGGUCCCCACGCGCGUUCAACAUGCGUAUAGAGAAGUGUUACUUCUGUUCCGGGCCCAUAUACCCGGGCCACGGCAUGAUGUUCGUCCGCAACGACUGCAAGGUGUUCAGGUUUUGUAAAUCCAAGUGUCAUAAAAACUUUAAAAAGAAGCGCAAUCCUCGCAAGGUCAGGUGGACUAAAGCUUUCCGUAAAGCAGCCGGUAAAGAGCUCACAGUGGAUAAUUCAUUUGAAUUUGAAAAACGCAGAAAUGAACCUAUCAAAUACCAGCGAGAACUGUGGAAUAAAACAAUCGAUGCAAUGAAGAGAGUUGAAGAGAUCAAACAGAAACGUCAAGCUAAAUUUAUAAUGAACAGGUUGAAGAAAAAUAAAGAACUACAGAAAGCUCAGGACAUCAAAGAAGUCAAGCAAAACAUCCAUCUCAUCCGAGCACCUUUUGCAUGCAAAGGAAAGCAGUUGGAAGACAGAAUGGUACAUAAACUACAAGAGGAUGUGGCCAUGGAAGUUGUUUCUGACAAUCCAGUUUAACCAUUUCUAUGAGCACAUUGGGAAUUUCCUUUAGAGACUUAGAUGCUCUAAGUUAUUGAUUUAUUUUUUACAUAAGGUGACUCAGAUGAAAAGGUGAUUAAAAAUACAUUUCUUCUACAUUACUAUCUGUAAAAUAUCAGACAAUAUGGAUGCUAGAUUGCAUCUCAGUGUAAAAUCUUCAAUGAUAGAUGUACUUAUGUAAAUUAUGAAAAUUUUAUAAAUACCAAGUGAAUUGUGGACAUAAAAUGAUGGUGCCACUUGGAUAAUGGCACCAGGCAGCAUUUAUGUAGUAACUGAUGACAAAUAUUCAUGGCUAGUGUUAUAUAAAAUAAAAUGUUCUUUGCAGUAAAAAUCUUCCCUUUAUUAACUCUACAGAAGGAGGGAUAUGACAAGGAACUAACAAUCUGCAUGAUAAUUAGCCUCAAGUACUCAUAUCUCUUAUUUUGAUUUCAGUAUUUCAUGUUUUGGUUUAUUAACACAUUAGAAGCACAUAUGGCUUCACGCUGAAGCCUAAGUCUGUUGGACUCUUUUGACCUGGUUGACCUGCUUGGAAAGACUUGUGGAGGUUGGGGUGAGUGCUGAAUAGUUGUUCCUGAAUGGCACUCUGCUCUCAUUUCACUUUGGAGAACAUUCUAACUUGAGAUUCCUGGUAGAACAGGCCUUUUUUUUUUUUACUCAACAAUGAUUUAGAAGCAGGGGAAUCCAGAGCCUCUUAAAACGUGUGAGCUUUUCUUUUCAAAAGCUAAUUGUUUUCGGGAAAAUCAAAUUUAUGGGUAGAAUGUCAACACGUUAUUUGCACAUAAAGUAAUUUCUAUAGUAAUUGUCUACGUAUUUAUUAUUUAAAUAUACUAAAUGAAGGUAAAGUAUCAGUUACUUGGAAGAAAAUAACUUCAGCCACAUGUACUACUGAGGUAGGAGAAAUGUUUAAAAAAAUAUAUAUACUUAAAUACUUCAUGUUUCUGUAUUUUUACAUUAUUUACAAGUUAAGCAUGUUAAUAGUAUUAGUAACUCAUAUUUAUAUUAUUUUUUAGGACAGAAAUUAGAAAAAAUGAGAGAUUUUAGGGUUAUAGAA